AUGGUGGCGGUGGAUCUGAUCGCGUCCUGCCAAGACUCCAUCCGCCAGGUCGAAUCACUUCGCGAGUUCCCCUUUGCUGGUUCCGUACUCUUUUUUGGCUUGCUCGUUUUCUUAUCGAUCCUUCGAGAAAUUGGAGAUGAGAUUGCAGAUGCACUAGUGUACCUGGAUGCAGGCACUCUGGAGGCGUUCCAGUUUAUAGGAGCAUUCCCUCUGCUUCUCGAGCUCGGUGCUCGGGCAGUGUGCAGCUUGGAAAGCACGUCUCCUCUUGAUGCUGUAAGACUCUUGUGGCUAUCUGAUUGUUGGGCCUUGGGCCUUAGCUUGGCAUUUGCUGCUGGUGUGCACGUCAGACUGGCUGGCAUCUGCCACGUCGAUAACAGUAAAGAUGCAGUAUUCUUAUAUGCAAUUAACAAGGCUGCUGAGUGGAAUUCAAGUUUUGCUCAUCCAGCAAGGAAGAUUGUCGUGAUUACAUCACGCCUUCUUAGUGAUGCACAUCGGUAUAUUAUACGCUGCUUGGGCAACCAUGGAACUGUUUCACAUUGUACUGUAUUGACAGCGAUUUCCGAGAUUGGUCACUCAGCAUAUGUUGAUUCCCCACUUGGACCAGAUGCUUUCCGGGAGUAUGAGACAUUACUCAUUCAGGACCAUGAGGAGCUUCUAAAGAAGUGUGGGAAGUUGAACAAGGAUAAAGAUAACAUCCCAUACACAGAAAGAGAUUUCACCUCAGAUGGUGAUACUAAGUGGGGUUCUGGGGUGCACUAUGGCCCUUCUGAAUCUAGCCCGAGGAAAAAGGAUUUUUCUAAUGAUGACUUAGGUCAGGUUGAAGCAAGAGGAAAGAGGUUGUCUGUAACCGUGUGUCACUUUCCGAUGAUUUUCUCUCCUAUUUCCUCAAGGACUUUUGUUUUACCUUCGGAAGGUACAAUUGCUGAAUCAUAUUUGUCAAACCACCGUGAGGAUUCCCUUGGCCCUGGUCUACCCUCCAUAUCUACUGGUAAACCUUUUGAUGGCGAUGAGGUGCCCCCAGGACUAACCUUGACUGCUCAAUUCUUGUACCAUUUGGCCAAUAAGAUGGACCUAAAGCUUGAUAUAUUUUCACUUGGUGAUACAUCAAGGGCCAUUGGGAAGCUGAUGAUGGAUAUGUCAAGUCUAUAUGACGUUGGUCGUAAUAAGAGUUCUGCUGGUCUACUGAUUGUAGAUCGUACAAUUGAUCUCCUAACUCCUUGCCUUCAUGGCGACUCAUUUCUUGAUAGGAUGUUGUCCUCGUUGCCACGCAAGGAAAGGACUUCAUCCGGUUAUGCAGCGAAAAAUCCUCAAACUCCCAGCAAGCAUUCCCAAGCUACUGUAAAACGCUCCCCACUAGAUAUAAAGGUCCCUUUUGAAUCAGCCUUUAGCAAGGAAGAAACUAAGAGCAGAACCAGCAUGCUGUCUGAAAGUAUGAUGGCAUUUGUGUCUGGCUGGAACUCUGCUGAGGUUGACUCCGAAGUUACCUGGCUACCUGAUUACUCCGACAAAGCACAUGAUGGCAAAGUAGGCACUCUAAGUGGCUCUUUCCUAUCCAACUAUGCUGGAGUGCGCUACUUAGAAGCAUUAUUAGACAGAGGAGCAAAAGAUGGGUUGGUGUUGAUUAAGAAAUGGCUUAUGGAGGCUUUACAGCUUGAGAAGCUGUCCUCUCCAUCUAAAGGUCGACAGACGGCUUCUAUUUCAGAGCUUCCUUCUAUGGUGCAAAUGCUCUGUCAACACGAGCUGUCCUUGGUAAGAAACAGAGGGGUUAUUCAGUUGGCACUGGCUGCUGAAAUGGCUCUCCAGGAGCCUCAAAGUACUCGCUGGGAGGCCUUUACAAGUGCUGAGAGAAUAUUAAGUGUAACAUCAGCCGAGACAACUCAAAGUCUUGCCAGUGAGAUUCGUGAUUUCAUCAACACUAGCACUUCAGUGGAAUCUCACAAACAAGGUAAUACCAUGGGGUCUACGCAAGGCCUUCUGACUUUCCAGGACAUAUUACUUCUAACGGUCGUUGGAUAUAUCUUGGCUGGCGAAAACUUUCCUACAUCGAUAGCUGGUGGUCCAUUCUCUUGGGAAGAUGAACGGUCACUGAAAGAUGUUGUGGUGGACUCUAUCCUUGAGAGGCCAUCAUCUGUGAAGUUCCGGUUCCUUGAUGGUUUGGAGAAGGAACUUGAAGCUAAAGGUAGAUCUAAAGAUGGUGAUAGAAAUAAGGACUCUAGUGAGCCUACUUCUACCACUACCGAUGAUUUUGAUGACCAGUGGGAUAACUGGGACGAUGAUGAUGAUGCUGAUCAUCAAAAAGAGGAAGCUUACGGGGACAUGCAACUUAAGUUGGAAGUACGGGAUAGGGUAGAUCAACUCUUUAAAUUCUUUCAUAGCUUGUCCAGUAUGAGAUUACGUUAUCAAGCUCUUGGAGAAGGGUUGGCAGCACUGAGUCGGUUUGAGACUGAUAGCUACUCAAGAAAAGGCUUGCUUUAUAAGUUGAUAUUAGCUGUGUUGACGAGAUUUGGCAUACCUGGCCUUGAGUAUCAUUCAUCAGCUGUUGGCCGUUUAUUUAAAAGUGGAUUGGGUAGGUUUGGCCUUGGACAGUCCAAACCAAAUUUUGGCGAUCAAAGUUUUCUCAUCGUUUUUGUUGUGGGAGGUAUCAAUACUCUUGAGGUCCGGGAAGUCAUGAAGGCAAUCUCAGAGAGCGGCAGACCUGAUGUGGAGCUCAUUCUUGGUGGUACAACCCUUCUCACCCCAGACGACAUGUUUCAGUUAAUGUUGGGCUCAUCCAGCUUUACUUAG